AUGUUAAAACAACCAGCAUCCAUAGCAACAGGAAGCCGUCCGUCGCACUAUCACUAUCUCGAUCUCUCCAGUACACUAUCACUUUGCUUUAUCCACUCCUCACUUCUUCCUCCACCAGCCGCCUCCUCUGUAGCAUGGCGCCUACUCUGCAGCACGCCACAUCCUCUCCCGGCACGACGUCGGCCGGCGCCCCCCACCCCACCCACACCACCACCACCACCACGGCCUUGCCCCGUCUCCUCCUAUCCCAUCCAGGGCCUCGCCCCGUCUCCUCCUAUCCCCUCCAGGGCCUCGCCCCGUCGGCCCUUAUCCCCAGCACGGCCUCGCCCCGCCCCCUCCUCUGACCACCGCGGCCUUGCCUCGCCGCCAACCCCGCGGAUCUUCCCUGGAUCGACUCUGCCGCCUCCAUCCUACUGCCCCAGAGGAUAUCGAGAUGUGAGCUGGUCGACACAAUUCGGGAGCAGGCAUAUCGAAUUGGAUCGAGAUCCAGUGCGUCAUCAAGUUGCUCUGGGAAGGAGUUCGCAGCUCGCGUACGUGCUCUACAGGAUCAGCCUAAUCUCUCUGUCGCCGCUGUUGUUGGCUUGCAAUAGACCAGACUAUUGCCAGAGGUACCACAAAGUGGUUGAUUCAAAGUUCGCACUAUUUAUAUCACAGGAUGGUACAAAUGGAGAAGUAAAAAAAAAGGCAUGGAGUUAUACCCAAAUAAUUUAUGCAGCUGAUGUAUGGUGGUUGCCUUCUUGUACAUGAGCAAGCGACUGCGGGAGAUCACGACUUGUUCUUUUGAUUUUUUUGGUUCAUCACAUGAUCCAUCAAGCCAGCCAAGGGGGAGAUCAGUGAAGAGGUGAAGUAGAAAUUGGAAUCGGAAUAGGAGGCAUAUCUUCAACUGGUUUGAUGCAUGUUGGAAGAGGCUUGAAGUGGCGGUCGUAACACAGUCAGUUGGGAGGACUCAAUGGCAGAGUUCAUAUUAUUAACAUUUUCCUUGUUAGAGACGACAGUAUCUGGUGUUGUUAGUGAACAUGGACCAUGAAGUGGAGUCUGAUCACUCAUUACCACAUCAACAGGUAUGCCUGCAUCAAAAUUGUAUUACCAAAGUCAGUUGCUGACACACAAAAGCCGGUAGUAUGUCUGGAUGUAGGAGAACACAUGACCUUCCACAACUGGUGUGUGUCGUUGCUGGGUGAUAGCAGACUACGCACUGGGCAUCCCCACAGUGUCAAAACCUGUCGAAAGGGACUUUUAAUUAACAUGUCUUUAGAUGUGAUUAAUGAAAUGUAUGAUAAAGAACAGAGAAAAUUGAGUAACCAGGCGACAUGGCCACGGGUGGCUUAGAUGGAGUGUUGGUUCCAUUUAAAAUAGCGGACAUAGCUUUCUUACGAUCCCUUGCCUCCUUUCUUUUUUUCAAUAUUGCAUCCCUGUUUAG